GGAAUCAGAAACCGGCCUCCCGUGGCAGCGACAUACGAAUUCCAGCCCUCGGUGCUUGUUAGUCCUGGACUUUUCUUCUCUACAUUCCUUCAUACCUCCAUCCUCACUCCCAUAUAACGUGUACUAUUCAAAAACAAGAAACAUGAAGUUUAGAGAACCCAAAACCGAAGAAGAGAAAGCUGCCCGCCGAAAGCAGGAAGAGGAGCAGGCCGCCCUUCCAUACACCAUUAAGCAGAAUGAGAUAGAAUCGAUCAGUGUCGAGUUCUCCGUGCCCGCCAACCUGAAGGCCAGGGAUUUGGACAUCAAAUUCACCCGGACAAGCAUCAAAGCCGGCGUCAAGGGACAGGAACCCAUUAUCCAGGGCGAUUUCCCGCACCCCAUCGUCGUCGACGACUCCACAUGGUCCAUGGCCGCCGAAGGUGACGUCAAGAUCGUGGACAUCCAGCUGAAGAAGGCCAACGAGAUGGAGUGGUGGCCACACGUCGUCACCAGCGCCCCCAAGAUAGACGUGACCAUGAUCGAGCCAGGCGAGACCUCUCUCAGUUCCAUCAAGGACAACGAAGUGCGGGCCAUGGCCGAGAAGAUGAUGUACGACAACAUGAAGAGCCCGGAGGAGAAGCAGAAGGAGAAGGAGGCGGAGAACAUGAAGCGCCUAAAGCAACUCGCAGAACAGACCGGGAUGGAUUUUAGCCAGGCCACUAUCAACCAUGGAUGAAAAAGCGAUGGGAAAUAUCACGAGCAACGCCUGGAGACGCAUGCAUGCUAUUAUUCGAGGAGGAAAAAAAGGCAGGUGGAGGAUUGAAAACAUUCUACGUCAUAAAUAAUCAGAGCUUAAAAAAGGUUUGGGUAGCUCAAAAAUGUCAGGGGCUUUACAAACGCUCUACCAUGGCGGCGCCUUGCCGACGAGUGUCGAGUGUCGGCGGGUAUUGCGCCAGAGAACCCCUUCCCGCAGGUUUUAAUCUUGGAGCAGCAUGAGAAAAUGGAGAAGCAGACGAAUACCGCAACCCAUUUUGUGUACUUUUUCUCCUCGUCAAUGACAAAAACCCUUGUCGAGGACAAGAAUCGUCAGACGAGAAGAAUAAAAGAAAUGUACUAGCACUCCGAUAUCAGCUGUAGUCGUGGUUGAUGUUAAUGACACACCAAGCAUCCCUUCGAUGCCUGGUACGAAUGGACGAUAGAAAGUCAAACAGUCUGGGAGCG